AUUCGUUUUUCUACAUCUGCGUUACCCGACACGAGGAAACGCGUCACCGCCCAUUCAGCAACAAGUCGAAGAAGGUAUUGGUAUUACGACCUCAUGUAAUAGCAUUUUUAUAAAAUAAAACAAACGAGCAAGCGGGUCAUCUGGUGGUAAGUGAUCAGCGCUGACCGUAUGCCAUGUGCCAACUGAAAGACUAAGGCAUUAGUCUAUCAGUUUUUUUAUUACAGCAGUACUUUUUUAUGGUAUUACAAAAUGCCGUAGAAAUUUUGUAAUUUUGUCAUAAGGAUUUCAUUGUAAACCGAAUUUGUUUCAUCAUUCAUGUUUGCUCAAAAAAUUUGUGAAUUAAAUAAAAAGUUACCGUUAUUAUUUUUUUUUACAUUCAUUGUUAAUUAUUCAAACUUGUGUGGCAUACAUGUAUUUUUUACGCUUUAUACGUAAUUUUGCGUUUUGUUUACUUUUACACCGCCAACAUUUAUUAUUAAAACGAGCUAUAAAAUUAUUUUUAUGUUGGUUUGGCAUUAUGUAUUGAUGAAAUGUACAUUUUGUUAACAUGACUAAACCUAGCUGUGGUUUCUCAUAGAAAUAUAAAUCUAUAUUUUAGCUGUAAAAAUAUAUAUCAUAUGAUCUUAAUAUUGUCAAGAACUUUAAGAUAAUCAGCAUACAGCAGAUAUACUAGCCAAGUCACCGAUGAAAACCAUAAAGAAAAUGAGACCUAAAGGGGAGCCCUGAGGUACACCAGAGGUAACAGGCACAGAAGAAGAAGUAUUAGAUUUCACUGUUACGAAUUGACUUUGGUUCUCCAAAUACGAGCAUAUUCAUUUAUAUAAAUCAUCACUGAUUCCAUAGGCAGCCAAUUUUAAACAGAGCAAAUAAUGGUCUACUUUAUCAAAUGCUUUGGUGAAAUUCCACAGUCCCUACGAAACAAGGGAUAAACACUGACUUAAAGUAGCCAGAUUAUAAAUUGCAUAUUCCUUAAUCAUUGCUAGAUGGCCUGCCACCAAAAGACGUACCGUACGGAUUUUUAUUAUCGCCUUACUUAUUGUGAAUAAAUCUCCCAGAAUAUUAAUUUAUUUGUACGCAAUUAUUUUUCAGGAUCUUCAUGACUUUUGAAGCGCUAACCCAGAUAUUAUAUUUUUUUAAAUUGUGGUAUAUUUUGACUUUUUACGCAUGUUAGUUGUAAAAUCACAGAAAAAAUCUUAAAAAUUUUAAGCAUUAAUAAUUCUUUACACGACCACUAAUACAACACGGCUCCAAUGAACUAAUGAGAAAAAGGUUCGUUUAGCAAUGGUGAUAGAAAAUAUCAUAAUGAACCAUAACUGUUUAAUUACUUGUUUGUGUUUAUUAAAUAAAAUAAUAGGGAAAUAUCAAGCGAUAACAUUAAAUAACUGUGCUAUUUAACCAUAUAAAUUUUAAUGCAUCCAGCCUGCGACAUUCUAAUGUAUUUUAAGUCGAUAUUUUUCUAUGAUUAAGGUAAAGAGACUAAAUCAUCAUAAUAAAGAAAAAUUUCGUUUUAAGUUUGAAAUGUAGUACCGGUCACCUCAUACGGCUAUAAAUGUUACCUGGCAAAAUUAUAUGGGUUAUACCAGCUUACUCAAACUCCGUGGCUUGUUAUCAUGACGCAUCUAUAUUUAGCGUCAUUCAUAACUCAUGGUAAGUAGCUUCCGGCAUUCCGCGCUACACAACGUUUGAGGUUGUUUAAAACCUAAACGGGAUUCCGCCAAUUUUGUGUAAUGAUACCAAAAUAUCGCGAAUAUAAGUACCACGAACAAACGUGCACACAAUGAUUAGUGUAUCCCCCAAGGCGUUCAUUUGGCGAGGUCUAUUCCCAGAAGCGGGGAAAAAGAAGGGUGUCAAUGAUUAUGAUGAUGAUGAAGGCCCUUAAUUUGGUCGGGAUAUAGAUAUUGUAUUGGAUUUUUUUAAUUUAGUUGGUAAACUAAUAAUAUUCGAAAAUAUAUAUUUUAAAAUCAUGAUACUAAUCAGUGUUAUUUGUUUAUUUUUAUUUUUAUAUUCUGUACUACCAAGAAUCGGUUGAUAGUAAUUAUACAUCGAAUAUGAUUGAAACAUCUGUAGAGUUUAUUUUUAAAACAAAGCUUAUUGAACAUGAGAACAAGUGUAAAUAUUUUUAAUUAAACUUAUUUAUACAAAGGUAGUCUUUUCAUCAUGUCACAGCAAUGGGUCGUGCAUCAACAUAACUCUCAUAAUUAUUCAAUCAUAUUUUUAAGUUUAAUGUGUGUAGAUAUUUUUACAUAUGUAUAUGUAAAAGCAGAUAAUGACGACUCAAAUCAAAAGACAUACUAUUAUAUUUUACAAUGGACGUCAAAUCAAGACGCUUCGCUCCGUUAUAUGGGUGUAGGGUCAAGUAAGUUUAUUGAAAUGAAUUGCCCAUAUAAAAACUGUUAUGUCACUGAUAACAAGAAUUAUUUUAGUGACACUAUGGAUUUCGAUGCUAUAGUUUUUAAUGGCAUCCACAUGAUAAAACUGGAAAAAUCUUAUUUGCCCCAAAGCAGAUCGCUCUCACAAAAGUUUGUGUUUGCAAUGACAGAACCGGUACCUAUGUUUUUAUCUUGCGAUGAAAUCUUGGAAAACUUAUUUGACUGGACAUGGACUUAUAAACUCAAUUCAGAUAUUCGAUGGUCAUAUUUAUGUGAAAAUCACUAUUAUUUUUACUUAUCUUUUGAGAACUCUAUCGCGACGGACUAUGUGACGGAAAAUCUUUUGAUUGCAUUGAAUAAUUACGCCAUUCCUGUGGUUUACGGCGGUGCAGAUUAUUCUAGGUUUCUCCCUCCAGGCAGCUAUCUAAAUGCGCGCGAGCUUGGUCUGGAGCAGCUAGCGAGGACCGUGAAGGAUAUAAUUGGAACUGUUUCCAAUUAUAUCCUUCAAGGUCGCUCGCUAACUAAAUUCUAAAAUUUUUUUCGGUGGCGAAACCAUUACAGAUACGAACAAGGAGAAAAAUAUACUGAAAUAUGUAACAUUUGCACUGCACUAAAUGAAGAUAAACCAAGGAAUUAAAAUCUUAGCGAUGGAUUUAGAAAGUGGUGGACUGGCGAAUAUAGUUAUAGAUGUUUUCCAAAAGUGUCUAGACGUAACCGCCGAACCAGUAACAAGUUAUAAAAAGAAUUGGUAUGAAUAUAAUACCUUAUGUAGUAAUUUUUAAUGCAAUAAUUUAAUGUAAAUAUAAGCAUGUGGAGCACCUAAUCACAAGUGCAAAAAACAACUGCAAAUACUGCAAUACCUUUUCGGCAUUUCAAGAAGUCGCAGAAAUUUUUUUUUUAACAUAAAUUUCAUUGGAAACCAAAUUGUUUCCAACCUGUAAAUCUGCUCAUAAUAAUUGUGCAAUAAAAAAAAUACUUUAUUAAC